CUUCCUUCCUCCUGCGCCGUCCCCUCCUCGGCCCGGGCGGGGGGCUCCGCGCGCCGAGCUCGGCCGGGCCGGGCGCUCCGGGAGGCGGGCGCCCCAGGCGGCGGCGGCGGCCGCGACGGUGGCGGCGGCGCGGGCCGGGAAACUUUGCCCCUUUGUGCGCUCCGCCCCGGAGGCGGCGGGCAGGCAGUGCCUUCUUCAUCUUGACCCCAGAAGGACAGACACCAGGAAGAGAAACUCCCCACUCUACCCUGCCCUGGCCACACACCCACCUGCUCACCUCAUGCCUGGGUUCCCGGUGGGUGAGGGUGAAGAGCCCGCCCAGCCAAGAUGAUCCCUUCCCUGGGGGCUGCUGCCAGUGUCCUCUCCUGGGUGCUGGGCCCCAGCAGGUGGGAGAGGGGCCCCCGACUGAGCCCUAGCAGACUGCUGCAGAGGAGGUGAAGAGGGGUUGAGAAGAGGCCCUUGGGUAGACUGAAGCUACUUGCCAUCCCCCGGUAGCGUCUUGACUGUUUUAGGAGAGAAAGACCUGUCGGUGGCCUUUGCAAGUGGGAAGCUGGGCCGGGGUUCUGUCCCGGCACCUAUGCCCCCAUCUCUGGCAGUGCCAUGAGCCAGUUUCAGGUGCCCCUGGCUGUCCAGCCGGACUUGCCAGGCCUUUAUGACUUCCCGCAGGGCCAGGUGAUGGUAGGGGGCUACCAGGGGCAUGGGCUCCCAGGGGCGGGGAAUGAGCCCCAGCUCCGCGGGGGUGGAGAAGGGCGAAAGAAACGGAAACGGUGCGGUACUUGUGAGCCCUGCCGGCGGCUGGAAAACUGCGGGGCCUGCACCAGCUGUACCAACCGCCGCACGCACCAGAUCUGCAAGCUGCGCAAGUGUGAGGUGCUGAAGAAGAAAGCAGGGCUCCUUAAGGAGGUGGAAAUAAAGGCUGGUGAAGGAGCCGGGCCCUGGGGAACAGGGGCGCCUGUCAAGACGUGCUCAGAACUCAGCCCAGCUAAUGGACCUGUUCCAGGUCAGAUGGACUCAGGGCAGGUGCACCAUGGGGACUCACGGCAGCUAAACGCCUCAGGGGCGCCAGUCAAUGGUGCUAGAGAACCCGCCGGGCCCAGUCUCCUGGGGGCUGGGGGCCUCUGGCGGGUCGACCAGAAGCCUGACUGGGAAGCAGCCCCGGGCCCAGCUCACACCGCUCGCCUGGAAGAUGCCCACGAUCUGGUGGCCUUUUCGGCUGUGGCCGAAGCCGUAUCCUCUUACGGGGCCCUCAGCACCCGGCUCUAUGAAACCUUCAACCGUGAGAUGAGCCGCGAGGCCGGGAACAACAGCAGGGGACCCCGGCCAGGGCCCGAGGCCUGCCCUGCUGGCGGCGAAGACCUUGACACGCUGCAGACAGCCCUGGUCCUCGCGCGGCAUGGCAUGAAACCCCCCAACUGCAACUGCGAUGGCCCAGAGUGCCCCGACUACCUCGAGUGGCUGGAAGGGAAGAUCAAGUCCGUGGUGGUGGAGGGUGGGGAGGAGCGGCCCCGGCUCCCAGGAACGCUGCCUUCUGGGGAGGCUGGCCUCCCAGCACCCAGCACCCGGCCGCUCCUCAGCUCCGAGGGCCCCCAGAUACCUCCCCCGGAGAGCCUGCCCCUGUCCCAGAGUGCCCUGAGCAUCGCCAAGGAAAAGAACAUCAGCCUGCAGACCGCCAUCGCCAUCGAGGCCCUCACGCAGCUCUCGUCCGCCCUCCCCCAGCCUUCUCACUCCACCUCCCAGGCUCCUUGCCCCCUUCCCGAGGCCUUGUCCCCUCCCGCCCCUUUCAGAUCUCCCGAGUCCUACCUCCGGGCUCCCUCGUGGCCUGUGGUCCCCACCGAAGAGCACUCAUCCUUUGCUCCCGACAGCCCUGCCUUCCCUCCAGCAGCUCCUAGAACUGAGUUUCCUGAAGCCUGGGUCACCGACACCCCACCCAACCCUACCAGCAACCCCCCGUAACUCCUGUGCCCAUGCCCCCGCCCGAGCCCUGACCCCAUGGCCGAACUGGAGCAGUUGUUGGGCAGCGCCAGCGAUUACAUCCAGUCAGUAUUCAAGAGGCCCGAGGCCCUGCCCACCAAGCCAAAGGUCAAAAUUGAGGCCCCCUGCCCGUCCCCAGCCCCGUGCCCCGUUCUCCAGAGGGAGGCCCCCACGCCUUCCUCAGAGCCCAACACCCACCAGAAGGCGCAGGCCGCCCUGCAGCAGCAUCUCCACCACAAGCGCAGCCUCUUCCUGGAGCAGGCCCACGACGCCGCCUUCUCCGCGCCCACGGAGCCUCCCGCGCCCGGCUGGUGGGCCCCCCUGAGCUCACCUGCCCCCCGGCCUCCAGACAGACCACCCAAGGAGAAGAAGAAGAAGCCCCCGGCCCUAGCCGGAAGCCCCCUGGGAACCGAGAAGGCCGCCUCCGGGAUUAGGCCCAGCAUCCGGAAGCCCAUUCAGAUCAAGAGGUCCCGGCCACGGGAAGCACAGCCCCUCUUCCUGCCGCUCCGUCAGAUCGUCCUGGAAGGGCUGCGUCCCCCGGCCUCCGAGGAAGUGCAGGCACAUCCACCUGCCCCCCUUCCCGCCUUGCAGGCCUCCGCUGUCUCCCUGCCCCCAGAACCUUCUCUUGCGCUAUUUGCACCAAGUCCCUCUGGGGACAGCCUGCUGACCCCUACUCAGGAAAUGAGGUCCCCCAGCCCCCUGGCAACCCUGCAGCCGGGCUCAGCCGGCCCUCUUCCCCCUGCUGACGACAAACUGGAAGAGCUCAUCCGGCAAUUUGAGGCUGAAUUUGGGGAUAGCUUUGGGCUUCCUGGCCCCCCGUCUGUGCCCAUUCAGGACCCUGAGAACCAGCCAACUUGUCUCCAGGCCCCCGAGAGCCUUUUUGCUACCCGUUCCCCCAAGCAGAUCAAGAUCGAGUCUUCAGGGGCUGUGACUGUGCUCUCCACCACCUGCUUCCAUUCCGAGGAGGGGAGUCAGGAGGCCACCCCCACCAAGGCUGAGAACCCACUCACCCCCACCCUCAGCGGCUUCUUGGAGUCGCCUCUUAAGUACCUGGACACACCCACCAAGAGUCUGCUGGAUACACCUGCCAAGAGAGCCCAGGCCGAGUUCCCUGUGUGUGACUGUGUCGAACAAAUAGUGGAGAAAGAUGAAGGCCCAUAUUACACUCACCUGGGAUCUGGCCCCACUGUAGCCUCUAUCCGGGAACUCAUGGAGGAGCGUUACGGAGAGAAGGGGAAGGCCAUCCGGAUCGAGAAGGUCAUCUACACCGGGAAGGAGGGGAAGAGCUCACGCGGCUGUCCCAUUGCCAAGUGGGUGAUCCGCAGGCACACGCAGGAGGAAAAGCUGCUCUGCCUGGUGCGGCACCGGGCCGGCCACCACUGCCAGAACGCCGUGAUCGUCAUCCUCAUCCUGGCCUGGGAGGGCAUCCCCCGCAGCCUCAGCGACACCCUCUACCAGGAGCUCACCGACACCCUGCGGAAGUACGGGAACCCCACCAGCCGGAGAUGCGGCCUCAAUGACGACCGGACCUGCGCUUGCCAAGGCAAGGACCCCAACACCUGCGGUGCCUCCUUCUCCUUUGGUUGCUCCUGGAGCAUGUACUUCAACGGCUGCAAAUACGCUCGGAGCAAGACGCCUCGCAAGUUCCGCCUCACAGGGGACAAUCCCAAAGAGGAAGAAGUGCUUCGGAAGAGUUUCCAGGAUCUGGCCACCGAGGUCGCCCCCCUGUACAAGCGGCUGGCCCCCCAGGCCUAUCAGAACCAGGUGACCAACGAGGAAAUAGCAAUCGACUGCCGCCUGGGGCUGAAGGAAGGGCGGCCCUUCUCGGGGGUCACAGCCUGCAUGGACUUCUGUGCCCACGCCCACAAGGACCAGCAUAACCUCUACAAUGGGUGCACCGUGGUCUGCACUCUGACCAAGGAAGACAAUCGCCGUGUGGGCAAGAUCCCCGAGGACGAGCAGCUGCACGUGCUCCCGCUGUACAAGAUGGCCACCACCGACGAGUUCGGCAGCGAGGAGAACCAGAAGGCCAAGGUGGGCAGCGGGGCCAUCCAGGUGCUCACCGCCUUCCCCCGCGAGGUCCGGCGCCUGCCCGAGCCGGCCAAGUCUUGCCGCCAGCGGCAGCUGGAAGCCAGGAAGGCGGCUGCCGAGAAGAAGAAGAUUCAGAAGGAGAAGCUGAGCACGCCCGAGAAGAUCAAGCAGGAGGCCCUGGAGCUGGCGGGUGUCCCGACUGACCCAGGCCUGUCCCUGAAUGGUGGAUUGUCCCAGCAAGGCCUGAAGCCGUCCAUCAAGGUGGAGCCACAGAGCCACUUCAGCUCCUUCAAGUACAGCGGCAACGCGGUGGUGGAGAGCUACUCGGUGCUGGGCAGCUGCCGGCCCUCCGACCCCUACAGCGUGAACAGUGUGUACUCCUACCACUCCUACUAUGCACAGCCCGGCCCGACCUCCGUCAACGGCUUCCACUCCAAGUACACCCUUCCUUCCUUCGGCUACUAUGGCUUUCCAUCCAGCAACCCCGUCUUCCCCUCCCAGUUCCUGGGUCCUGGCACCUGGGGGCACAGCGGCAGCAGUGGCACUUUUGAGAAGAAGCCAGACGUCCACGCUCUGCACAACAGCCUGAGCCCGGCCUACAGUGGUGCUGAGUUUGCCGAGCUGCCCGGCCAGGCUGUUCCCUCGGACGCCCACCACCCCGCUCCUCACCACCAGCAGCCUGCUUACCCAGGCCCCAAGGAGUAUCUGCUUCCCAGGGCCCCCCAGAUCUACCCGGCAGCCAGGGACCCCUCUCCCUUUGCACAGAGCUCCACCUGCUACAGCAGAUCCAUCAAGCAAGAGCCAGCAGAUCCACUGGCCCAGGCUGACUCUGUGCUGAGGGACCCUGGGAAGAUGAGUAAAACGGUUUUGCCCGAGGCAUCUCAGAACAGGGGACCCGGUCACCUAUGGGGACAGUACUCAGGAGGCCCAGGCAUGUCCCCCAAGAGGACUAACAGCGUGGGUGGCAGCUGGGGGGUGCUCCCUCCUGGGGAGAGCCCUGCCAUUGUCCCCGACAAGCUCGGUUCUUUUGGGGCUGGCUGCUUAACCCCUUCCCACUUCCUGGACAGCCAGUGGGGGCUGUUCCCCAGCGAGGGGCUGCAGCCCACUCCCCAGCCUGGAGGACGGCUACGAGGCAAACCGUGGAGCCCCUGCAAGUUCGGGAACAACGCCUCAGCCUUGGCUGGGCCCGGCCUGACCGAGAAGCCGUGGGCACUGGGGGCCGGGGACUUCCACUCGGCCCUGAAGGGGGGUCCCGGGUUCCAAGAGAAGUUGUGGAGCCCCACGAAAGGGGAGGAGGGCAGGAUUCCAACACCGGGGGCCAGCCAGCUGGACAAAGCCUGGCAGUCCUUCGGCAUGCCCCUGGGCGCCACUGAGAAACUGUUCGGGGCCCUGAAGUCCGACGAGAAGCUGUGGGAUCCCUUCAGCCUGGACGAGGGGAUGGCCGAGGAGCCCCCCAACAAGGGGCUGGCGAAGGAGGAGAAGGCGGGCGGCGGUGAGGAGGAAGAGGAGCUGUGGUCGGACAGCGAGCACAACUUCCUGGACGAGAACAUCGGCGGCGUGGCCGUGGCGCCCGCCCACGGCUCCAUCCUCAUCGAGUGUGCCCGGCGCGAGCUGCACGCCACCACGCCGCUCAAGAAGCCCAACCGCUGCCACCCCACCCGCAUCUCGCUGGUCUUCUACCAGCACAAGAACCUCAACCAGCCCAACCACGGGCUGGCGCUCUGGGAGGCCAAGAUGAAGCAGCUGGCCGAGCGGGCACGGGUGCGGCAGGAGGAGGCCGCCCGGCUGGGCCUGGGCCAGCAGGAGGCCAAGCUCUACGGCAAGAAGCGCAAGUGGGGGGGCGCCGCCGCCGAGCCCCAGCAGAAGGAGAGGAAGGGGGUGGUCCCCACGCGGCAGGCGCUGGCCGUGCCCACGGACUCGGCGGUCACCGUGUCCUCCUACGCCUACACGAAGGUCACCGGCCCCUACAGCCGCUGGAUCUAGGUGUCCACGAGCCGGCGAUCCUCAGCCUCGGGCCCUGCCCGAGCUGCCUCUGUGGUGCUUUUGCCCUCACACCUGGGGGGGGGGGUUGGGGGUGCAGCAGUCUUUUUAUCUAUAUAUACAUAUAUAGACGCUCAUAUAUAUGUAUUUAUGGUCCAAACCUCAGAACUGACCCGCCCCUCCCUUCCCCAGCACUUUGAAGAAGAAACUACGGCUGUCGGGUGAUUUUUUCCAUGAUCUUAAUAUUUAUAUCUCCACGGUGGGUUUUUUGUUUUUGUUUUUCCUUGUUUGGGGGAGGGGGGAUGUUAUUUUCUCUUUGUUUUUAAAACUCUAUCCUUGUAUAUCACAAUAAUGGAAAGAAAGUUUAUAGUGUCCUUUCACAAAGGAGUAGUUUUAAAUUCCAUUUAAAAUGUGUAUUUAUUGGUUUUUUUUAAGGCGAUAAAAGUAAUGGUAAAGGCUUAGCAGGAAAGACCGGCCCCCUGGGAGCUGACGCGGUCCCCUCCGCCCUCAUCCCUCAUGAACCAAAUGCCGAGUGUCGCCGCCCGGCCCGGCCCCCGGUAGGAUGGGAGAGCCUAGAAAAACAUCUGGGCCACCGGCUUGGCGUCCGUGAGGGGGUGUGAGGGAGGGGAGGCCACACGUGCCCCAGGCCAGGCACUUGUCAUGCCGGCGUCUGUUUCCCCAGAAACCAGGUUGGAAGUAGAAGGCUUCAAGCUUGCUAGUCUCCACACUGAAUCCUCUGUUAUUUGUCAAGUCACGUGACGGCAAGGUCCCCCUAGCAGUACCUCCCGAUGGCGCUGGAGUUGAGAAGGCUCUCAGGAGCUGUGUCCACCAAAUUGACAAGCCAACUCAUACUGGGCUGAAAGAAUUUAUCUUAGUGGCAGUUUUUCUUUUUAAUGCCCCAAAGUCUAUGCUGAUACCGAGAAAGGGCUACUGUAUCUUUACAUCAAACAAGAAGUUGAACCCAAGCUGUGAACCGCCGGCCGCUGCCCUGCGCAGGCGCCGAGCGGAGCCUGGUGCUGUAGUAUUGUGCUGGGACGUUGACUCUAGGGCAGGUUGGAUCCUGCAGGAGCUCAGCAAACCAGUGUAACAGCAGUUAACACAUCUGUCUGUAUUCCUGGAUUUCCACAUUGGCUAAUGGUGCAUGCAUCCCACCCAAGCCCGCUCCCUCUCAGCUAUGAUUUGAGGGAGGAGGCUACACUUAAAACGAUUUUAAAAUGCAAGAGUCAAACAUUUUCACUAGGUCGCUAUGGUUUUUCUCCCUAAUGGGUGCCAUCUCUCUGUCUGAUCCUUUCCCCCAUCCCCUCCUCCCCUCUCCACCCACUUUGCCACGCCCAUUCUGAAAUUCUGGUGCAUUCGUUCAGUUCAUUGAAAUGAGAACGUGGUGCUUCAAUUUUGAGACGUUGUCGAGAGAGGGUGUGCCUGACAGGUGGAGGCAGCGCCUCUAUGACAAAGUCAGACUUCUUGGAGUGUUUGUUUUUCCUGUGGUAUUAGCAGAAAUAUCAAGCUACCCAUGUGGACGUGUGUGGUGAACGGGAGGCUUCGUCCUUGUCUGUACAUGGAGGGGAUGUGGCCGCACGGUGUAUGAAAACCGAGCCCUACUUUAGUGCAACAUCAGAUAUUUAUUGAGCAGUUUUAUUCAGAUGUGGGUCUUUGUAAAAUAAGUUUAACAAUCAGAUGACGAUGCUAAAGGCAAGUUCCUGCACUUCCAGGUGCCUUGUGUAAGAGCUGAGAACCCACCCGCUGGGUGUUUACUGUAACCGUUCCUGGAACGCUGGCGGAGAAUCGCUGUAAAAUGUCCUGAGCAUUUAUGUGGUCUGGUUUUAAUUGUAAAUAGUGAAAGAUUUUUUUAAGCACUUUUGCCUAGAUUUAAACAGCAACUUGAAAAAAAAAAAAAAGUAUGUUUUAACAUGUAAUUGUGGGAGAAUUGUAAAUAGUAGCUGGAUAUUUAACGUGCUUUGUCUAUCCUUCACUUUUACCAUAUUCUGUAAAGUUGCAUUUAUUUUACAGGACAAAAAAUGAAAUAAUAUUGCUUUUGAAAUAAAUACCCAAGAGCUUAUCAGGAUUUAGAAUUAUUCAGAACUCAGAUUUAUAGGAAAACCUCUGACCUUCAGUUUGACAAGCUAAAGGAAGCAGAGUCUUUAACGAGCAUGCUAAUUUUCUAGUUUUGAGGAAAAGUUGGGUCCUUUAAAUGCUAUUUUGCUUAUCGCAUCAGUACUUUUAUGCAGGUCUCAUUUGACUCCAUGCUUAGGUAGAUGCGGGGGUGCCUUGAAAACAUCAUUUUAAAUGAUCUUAGCAAGAAAUACAAUAUUUUACGAAACAUUUUGAGAAUGUGACUGUCUGUAUGGCCUGUGAAAGCCCCAGGUUGGCUGUUGGUUUGGAAGGUCCCUAGUGUAACCCAGGUGAUUCGGAUAACUUGGCGCGCGUGAAUCUUCCUGAUGUAUGUCCAAUAUUCUUUUCCCCUCAUCGCCCUUUGGUAGCAAAGCCAUUAGAUGAAAGGAGAAACCGAUACAAGCUAAAAGCGUGUGACUUCUGUCCCCCCCAGCCCAAACAGCCUUUGGUUCAUAAAUUUCUAGGUUAGAAAACAGGCUGCUGUGAGGUAAGUCAGGAGGCAGUCUCCAUCGGACGUUCCCAUCCCCGUAGAGUGGUGUUUUGAGAGUUAGGUGAUGCUGGUGCCGUGCUCACGCCCAUGCUGAUUUUUACACACUACAUGUAUAACCUACCUCAAAUCUCAGUCAUUAAAAUUAGCAUGCUUUAGACGUAUAUUUUAAAAGUAACUAUGCACAGCUAUUUAUCCCCCCUUGCUGCUGAAGGUUUCUUAAACAGAAAAAUCAAAUUUUUAUUUUUUACUGGCACUAUCAUUUUUUUAAGUCCUAAAGAUGAUUAACGGACAUUUUUAUCAUGAGAAGAAAAAUAAAGCCAUUGCAACUAAAGAACCUAACAGCAUGACCAAGUUUUAAGAGUGGUUAAUAUUAUAGCAGCAGAACGUGAUGGAAUCCUAACAGUCGUCUCCCCAGUAUGCCCCGUCCACAGACACCAUCCACAGGCAGUGCGGACUUCUGGUUCCUUUUUUGCUUCGUUCUGAUUUCCCUGCAUCUUGCGUGCAAGGGAAGUAUUUGCAAAGUUCUGUGCUAAGAGAUUUUUAAAAUAAAAAUCGCUUUGCAGCAGGUUCUCACUAAAUAACUGGUGCUAGCUCAAGAAACCAUUAUCUAACUAUCGGAAAUCUGGAUUAAAGGUGUUUCUUGGAUUUGGGGUUUUUUUGUUGUUGUAUUUUGUUGUGGUUUUCAUUUUUAGCAGGGCCUAAGUUUCCCAUACCCAGCUUCAUGGGUAACUGCUUUGCCUUCUCCCAGAGACUGACAGUGGCAUGCAUGGAAAGAGAUUGUACCCUGCCCCCAUUUGGCCCUUCCACCAGCCUCUUUUGGAAACAGUUUGCAGAGCAAGGGAUUUUUAAAGCGCUAAAGCAAGGAAAGACGUACCAGAGCUUAAUAGCUUCGUAUCAAACAGCAGUAGGUGUGCAAGGAUGGUUGAUGAUGAGUAGAUGGUAAGAUGGUAAUGCAGUCUGAGUGAGAUCCAGCCACAUUUUCUUCUUGAAGUUUAACCACCAUGAUUUCUCGAACCAAGGCGACGCUGGUGGAAAACUAAAAUGAUAUCCCUGACGUGCCUCAACCAAUAUCUCUUUCCUUUUGUUACUGAAGUGUGUUUUAUGGACUAGGAAGCAUUUUUUUAUGAAUUGAAAUAGUCUAAACAAAAUGGUGCUACGGUGUUUUAACGUGACUGUCCCUGACCCUGUCUUGCUGAGGUGCUAUCAACAUUACGAAACCACAACCAACCAAAAAUAAGGUGGGCUCCAGUCUCUCGUUUUGUCCCCCCCCCCCCCUUUUGGUGCUGUCUUCUUAGAUUUCUGUUUACCGUGCUAUAACCUGCUCUGAGCAGUUUUUCCGUUUUAUUUUCUUCCCUUGGUGGCCAAACAAAGAAAGUGGAGAAGGCAGCUUGCUCCUUUGCUUCAGAUGGGAGAAGACGUCCCUGACCCAGCAGGUCCUCUGGCUUCAAACCUGUUUUCUCAGGUCCAAUGAGAAAGAAAGGGUGAAGAGCAUUUUUGCAGGGGAAGGGGCAUCAGGGACCCUGGAUUCCUUAAGGGGCAGCACCCUCAUAGCAGGGGCAUGUGUUUGCCUCCCAGCCUGGGGUGCCAAGGCCACACCAAUGGCUCUGGAUGACCCAAGGGCACGUUGCACCCUGGGGUUGGCCACACAGAGCUCUUUCUUCAGCUGGCCGGGACCACGGUGGGCAGGGGGUCACAGGUCAUUCCUUUGCUCUUUGUGGCCUUCACCCCAGUGUUGCUUCUGUGUCUGGUUGGUACCACCUCAUGUCCCAGCUAAAGAAAGGAGCGCUCUCUGCUCAUCUGACGUCACUGAGGCUGCGUCUUAGUCGGUGCUAUUCUGAAUUUCUUCUUGGGUCCACAGGAGUUGAUGUUUUAAAAACCCAACAGGAAGCUCCAUUUGUGUCAUCCACUGUCACAAUAAUUUUUUAAAAUACCUCAAACACAGGACAUUGCAACAUCUUCAGUAGAUUCCAUGAGGAUCUGACACCUGCAUGUCAUCCUUUGGAUGACAUACGUGACCUUUAAGACUCGGGGGUCGUUUUCUUUUCCAUACUUCAGCAGUUAAAAUUGUAGAACACCUAAAGGAAGGAGCGUGGUUGACUUUCUUUUUUAAAAGUUUUGCUUUUGAAUAAAAUGUGAAUUUCCUA